CACGACAGUUGUGUGAUAGCCAGAGCUACUUACUGCAAGCUACCAUUUGAAUGCUCAUCGCUCGUUGGUGUCGAGUAAAGAAAAGCUUUGCCAAGAGUUUGUUAUUCCGAUAUAAUCCAAGCAAGAAUUGAUCUGUUUCUACUGAGGAAUAACAGUUAUAAAGUACUGUUUCAUUUUUACGUUUUAAAGAACUCGACAACAGAAAAGUGCAAUCAAAACUUGAGUUGGCUGAAGAGAAAAACUAAGUCUAAAGUUGAAUCUUUUGAAAGCAAACAGGAUUAGACGUUGUGCUAUGAAGUGGACCAUUUUACUGCUGUUUAUCCUAAUCGCUGUUUCAUCCGUCGUUCCCAGAAGAAAACGGAAGUACAAAAAGGUGAAGAAUGCUUUGAAAUACGUCGGCUGUAAACCUGAGGACAGUAUUUGUGACAAACGACCCAAGCGUUUCUGUCGAUUCAGCAAGAAUUUUCGUUACCAGUGCCCAAGAAAAUGUGGCGUGUGUGCCCCGUAUGAACCACAGUGUCCUAAAGAGCACGUCUAUGGUUGUUGUUGGGAUGGAAGACCGGCAACUGACUUCAAGAAAAGUAACUGUCCAGCUUGUUUUGAUGUGAACGAAAACAUUUGUAAUCGAACCCAUGUUUUACGAGAUUGUAACUUCGCCCGCAACACCCGCAAGACGCGGCUGCUCUGCCCGGUGAAGUGUGGGGCCUGUGGAGACUUCGGCAAUGCUAGAGCUCCCCAUCCAGCUCGUUACAGAACGUGUGAGGACAAAGACGAGCGGUGUUACAAAAUGAAGGAUACUUCAUGUUGCAAAGACAACGAAAUCCUUCAAGAUCUCUGCCAAAAAACAUGCGGAAUUUGUCAAAGUUUUUAUUAGUCCUGAGAUAAGUGAGAGAUCACUUUUGAAUAUCAUCAAAAAGGAUUGCGUCAGCGCCCGCUGAAGAUUGCUGAAACCAAUUUUGAGUUUCCUCUCUGUGACGAACUGUCAGGAGCUAACUAUAAUAUAUCUUGAAAUGUAAAUAUAUUCAUGUUUAUACCUAUAUUGAAUUAUAAAACUAAAAGUCUCUUUAUCAUGCAUGCAAUGAGCUCUACUGUAUAAUUCAACAAAGCGUGAACUGACUUUGGGGUAUUGAAAUGAGCGAAUAACAUGAUUAUGGAAGUGAUGCUGUCAUCCCAACAAUACCAUGUGCUUGUUUGCUUCCAUAAAGACGUACUUCAUUGCCUCAAAAUCAUCUCGUGUUUCGUUGAAACUAAGGUAACAUGAACCGAACUCAAGCCAACAGCCCCUACUGAAUAAAC